AUGAGAUUCGUCCGUUGGAGCAAAUUAAUGGUUCUGUCAUUCACCAGGAUUACCCAAGUGCUGUUACAGAUGCCCAUGGCAACACUUUCUUCACCUAUUUUCAAGUCUACGACUUUGGGUGAAUGGGACUUUGACAUUUCUCCGAGUUUAAACUCGACUAGUCACCUUGUAUUCGACUCUGUUGGUUCGUUGAUGCAACAUUGGACCAACACCCGCUAUCGAAACGGGCACAAUAUUGUUCCAGGAACCGUGCCAAUUGGCACACUCCUUUACCAUGGCACUUACAAGCAAGAAGUACCUACAGAACCUGAAUGGACUGCCUUAGAUCCAGAGCUCUCUUACCUUUUCUGCCGAAGUGACCCCACCAAUAGCUCAGCCUCCGGUUACUGGCACUUGACACUGGUUGCGACACGCCCUCUCAAAGUGCUCUAUUUCGACGGAAGCAGCGCCGCUAAGAUGCAGAGCGGCCCCCUGGACAGUCAAGAUAUCGUGAUAUGGGGAGAAGUGAGGCUGGAUCGGACUCUGGACGAGAGGAAGAGAAUCAAUAAGUUGUGUGAUUGGGGCCGGGAGUUUGAGUUGGACGGGUUUAUGAGAAUGGAGAUGGAUUUUGAAAUCAUGCUAUGCGAUUUCACAAGAGGCGUUGAAAUCGUCUCCUUCCUCAACAUCCAACCAGACGAGGACAAGUGGCUUCAUUCUGCCCCUUCGAAUCCACCCGGGCCAGAACCUGAGCUUCCUCCCGGUGAUGGUGCCUCCUACACCCUUCAACACCGAGUCAUUGAAGCUGGGAUGUGGCAUAACGCCUUCCCCGGAGAGACGCGCGUCAACCUUGACGUCACCCGCUUGGUCUCAUUCUAUGAUACAGACCUCUUUCCCAGCCUUACGGAUGCGAGAUUUGGCCAGGAGCGGUGGGAGCAUCGUCUGCAAGGCCUCGUUGCCCUCGACUCAAAAAGGUUCCAGACAAGAAUUCGAGAGGUUUUCGGACAAGAACUUGGAAGCGGCGUCGAUUGGCGAACUUUGAUUCAUGUUGUCGUAGAUCGGUACGCCGAGCGGUUAGAGGUCCUCCAGUACCUCUUGAACACCACAAGUACAACCGAACAUGCGAAAAAAAUUCAACGCCAACUAAGGACCAUGUUGGUACCUUAUAUCCUCCAUACAGCUGCGCCCACCCCGGAUUCUACCAACUACUCAUGGGCGUUGCCCGUGUAUGAGCAUUGUGCUACCACACAUACCCGCUAUAUCUCAUCCACUCCAAGUAUAUUGGCAAAACUCACAAAAUCCGAAUCAUUGAUCUUACGUUCCAUACAAGAGGUGUCAAAGGAGAUCUGUCGCGUUGUGGUAGGUAUGUGGGCUGAGGGGGUUGAGCUCGGCCUUGACAUCAUUCCACCCGCAUCAACAUCUCCAUCGUCUUCAACGUCAAUACUCGAGUUAGGGUCCACAGCUAUCACCGGGAUCAUGGAUCAGUGGCAAAAACGCACACAGGACCUAAUGGCUUGGCUGGAUUGGAGCGUGUGGGCGAAAUGUAAUACAGCUUGUGGGCACGAAGAGGUAUGCUACCUCCCGACGUGGCCUUUCCUUCACGGACCAUACUGGCCACAUGACCCAUCUUCUGGUCUUGAUGUUGGUCAGGUUCCGAUGGAUGCUCGCCUGCCGGGCAUUGAAGAUAGGGAAGAGGGGCGGCCUCAACCGAAAUGUAUCCGCCGAGUCGAGCCUUUCACUGGAAUUUGA